UUGGUAGGUAUCCUUUCUAGUUUUUGGCUCAAAAAAUUUUUCCCUUUAAUUUUUAGGUCAAAAAGUAUGAAAUAAAAAUGUUACAAUUGUAAGCUUAUAUAGUAAUUUAAACUUAAUGUCUCACGUCACAUACGUUCCAUGGAAUAGGAGUGUACAUUUUAGAAAAAAAUAUUCUCGGAUAUGUUCAAAUUAGUCAAUCAAUUAUGUAUUAUAGACUCUUUGCUCCAGUUCAGUUGGCAUGUCUCUUUCCUCGCAUUUCCUAUACUUCCUCUUCUAUCUAUCUUCACUCUUCACUCUCUUCUUCUUUCUAGUCCAGUAAAACUAGCUACUAUACUCCUAUUUUGGUAAACUAAGCCAACAAAAGUAGUGUACACUCUAUUCACUUUCUUGCUAUCUGUGUCCAGAAAGUAAUGUCAAUACUCAAUGCCUCUGCUGCUCUUCGUAUGAAUUUUAUGUCUCCUCUACUUCUUCCCUCACCAACUUUUUCCAAAAUCCAUACUGAAACAUGGGCUACUAUAAGAAUAACAACAACAAGAAGAGCACUAGUUAUCAGUCCCUCUUUUGCAAUGAAGAACGAACGUAUUGAUAAGGUUGAGGAAGGUGAAGAAAUAGAAGAAGAAAUGGAGGAAUCCCGUGAGACCCUCUUGUACUCUUUUACUCCUUUGCCUUUGUUCUUUAUGGCUGCUCUUCCUGGAGCUGGUGCUGUGAGAUCUCUGUUUGGGCCUUUUGUUGAGCUUAUUAAGUCAUGGAAUCUUCUUGGCUGGCUUGUACAUUGGGGUCACCUUGGAAAUAUGGUAUAAGAAUUUCCUUCUGUCUCCCUCACUCUUAUCUUACAUAAAACAAACCACAAAUUACUGCAAAUAUUACCAUCAACUUUCU